GUGGCUUCUUUUACAAGUGAGGGGCCAGAGUCCAGAAAAUAAAGAAAAGCCGAAGAACAAUUCUUGAGUUCACUCCUAAGGUGGAGAAGCAUAUAGAGGUGUGUACUUCAUAAUGAUGAAAAGUUGUUCGGAACUGAGCUACUGUAGAUGUUACUCUGUCUCACUCUCAGAGUCGUGGUUGGAGGGUAUCUCACAGAGCUACUUAGUCUAAUUAUGGUAUCUCACAGAGCUACUUAGUCUAAUUAUGGUAUUGAUUAAAAUACAAAGAUGGUGAUUAUUGGUUAAGGAGAACAAAAAAGUGGAAGGUGAGGGGGUUAUCUUGAAUCUUUUAAUCUUGAAAUUAGGUUAAGUGGCACUGUUGGCCAACUAAAAGCAACCCCAAAUAUACUCAAUAAUGACACUCAUAAUCUCUCUCCCUCUGUCUAUUCUUUUAUUGGGUUAGGAAUGACAAAACUCUUCAAGGAAUUAAUGAUACUAACUUGCUUACAAAGUUAGAAACAUACACGAAGUUUGUAAUAUAAACCCUACCAAAAUCGCCACUUUACAAUCAUUUCAUUCACUCACACACGCAUAACAUAACAUUACAACCAUAUACAUACACAUAUAUACAUACAUUUCGAGCUGAGGGAGAGAGAUGAAAGAUCGGAUGGAGCGAUUUGUGAUAUUGCCGUUUUCAUUGGGGUGUUCAACGCAAUCCAGCGUCGCCGUGGUCACUACUCAUCAACACAAGAAACCAAACCAACUCAUUAAAAGUACCUACUUCUUACACCCACGAAGAGAAGAAACUGGUGAAAAUGGCUCAGUUAAAAAAGAAUGCACAAAGAUGGAGAACAACGGUGUCGGUGCAAAUACCUCAGAUGGAAGAGAAGAAAGUGACGAAAAUGGCUCGUUCAAAAAAGAAUACACAAAAAUGGACAACAACGGUGCUAAUAUAUCAGAUGGUUACGAAGAGGAGACGAAAGAGAGAGAGGCAGAGAUGGAGAUAGGGUUUCCAACGGACGUGAAACACCUGAGCCACAUCGGAAUAGAUGGAAUUAUGACCACUUUUGACCACUCCUCCUCAUCUUUUCCAUUCUCCGGUUUUCAACUCACCACCACCGUCUGAUAUUUUUUCACAUGCAUCUUUUUAUCUAAAAAUCAAUGACAUUUAUUUCUUUUAAUAGUUGUAACUUGUAAGAAAGAUCUUAUUCGGUUGCAAGUAAAUACCCCAAAGCUCCAAAAAGUUUAUUCAAUAUUAAUGAACUCUUAAAUAGAUGGCAA